CAAGACGGCGGCGAGGGACGGAGGGAGGGACCAAGAGUCGUCGAGCUUUCUUUUGAUCCUCCUCAUCUCACCUCAUACCACGCCCACGCCCACGCACGCUCACUAUCAUGACGGCUCACGCUGAGCCAUAUGAGCGGCCGAGCAAGCUACUAAGGCGCAGGAAGUCGGGCGAUCUAGCCGGUCGAGCCCCACCUGCUACUUCUGCCUCGUCGUCGUCAUCAUCAUCAGCAACCGCAUCCUCUUCAUCAGCAGCUGCGUCAGCCGCAUCGUCAAGCCCGUCGGGCGCCACACUCCCCCGCUCACCCAACAUCAUCCCCCUCAAUUAUGGCUUCUCCGACGGGCAGCUAGUCUACUCUGCGCCCCUCACCUUGGGCUCCAACACGACGCUCAACGUUCUCGUGGACACGGGGUCCGCCGACCUCUGGGUGGCAGACACUCGCUGUCGCUCCGACUCGUGUCAAGGGACCUCGAACGGUAACGAGGUGCAGCGCUACGAUGUGCGUGCAUCGGGGGCAGUCAGUACGGGGAAGAGCUGGAAUAUCAGCUACGUAAACGGUGGCGCCGAGGGGGACGUUUGGACGCAGGACGUGCAACUGGGCAAGGCGCAGGUCAAGGGUCAAGCAUUUGGAGCUGCGACGGAUGUGGAUAAUGAGCAGCUGGCUAGCAUGAAUGUGUCGGGCAUACUGGGGUUGAGCUUGACGAGUAACUCGGUGAUAGGGGCGGGCGAGAACAACUCUCUGCCCACACCGUCGAUUACGGGCGACGUCUUGGCAGGGUUAUGGGCGGACGCAGACACUGGCACGCGGAUGUUUGGUGUGGGAUUGCAGCGCCUGCCAUCAGACGGCGGUGGGCGAACGGCUACGUCGUCCCUCUCGCUGCUCGGCGUGGAUCCAGCAUACGUUUCCUCAUCCUCGCGCAUCCCCCUCACGCAAGUAGUCCCUGACGCCAACGGCCUAGCCCACCAUUGGAAGCUCUACCUCACCGACAUCUCCGCCAACAAUGGCUCAGCGACGUUUCGCAUCCCUACGUCCUUCCCCGGUCAGACGACGCUAUACCCAACUGUGGUCCUGGAUACGGCUGCCCCGCUCAACUACGCCCCGGCGGCGCUGCUCAACGCCAUCUACGGGACCUACGUCGAUCCAUCGACGGGACAGAGGCUGGGUCCCUCGGAUUCGGGCAUCUAUUACACGCCCUGCACCCUCCCGCUCAAUCUCACUCUGAGCGUGGGCGGGAUUUCGGUGCCUAUCCACCCGCUCGACGCCAGCCUUGCGCAAGACACGCCCGACACAUCAGGGGCCGCCACAUCCGGCUGCAUCGGCUCCUUCCAGUCGCUCGAUGCCGGCUCGCCAGCCGGGGCGGACGUGGUACUCGGUGCCCCCUUUCUACGCAGCGCCUACUCGGUCUACACGUGCGAUGGUGUACUGCAAGGCGCGCCAGCAGCAGCAGCGGGAGACUCUGGCUGCUUGAAUCCGCAGGUCGGCUUGUUCCCCACGACGACAAACCUCACGGAGGCCUUCGAUGAGUUCCAUCAGGUGCGCGUGGAGGGCAAGAGCUUGGGCAGCAACGCGCAGUACGGCAUCAAUACGUCCAACGACAGCGGCGGGCUGAGCACAGGGGGCAAGAUCGCCAUUGGGGUCGUGGUGGCCUUUUUGGGGAUGAUGCUACUGUUCGGCCUGCUAGCAUGGUACGCGCGACGCCGUGCGAGGAGGAGCGGGGCUGAUGGCGGCUACACGCGUGAGAAGGAGGGCGGAGACGCUGGCGCUACGGACGAGACGCACAGCGACUCGGCGAGUCACAAGGCUGCCGUGGCUGCUCUGUCUGCCAAAGAGCAAGCACGACUGCGUGAGGCGGCUCUCUUGCAUGGCUACUUUGCAGACGACAUCGUGCCGGAGGGGAGCGAACAACAGCAGGAGCCACGUUGGGGCACCGAUUCGACUACGCAGUCGUUUGCUGCGGGCGCGGGCACGAAUACGGCGGAGUGGGACACGAGCUCGCGUGGUUACGUGGAUGCGCGGCGCGUAAGGAGACAGUACCUCGCUCGUCAUCCCAGCUUGAUCGAGUUGCAGGAGCGCAAGCGUGGAGAGGAGGUCGGUGAGCAGACGAUGGCCGAGGAAGCGGACAGGACGAGCACGAGCUCGCAGCAGAGGCUGGUGCGCACGCCGAGCGGGCGCAUUUGAUUUUUCUUUGUACAUUAUUGCGAGCGGCCCCGCCCGCUUCAUCUACCCUUUAUGACUCUACGACAAAUGAAGUCUUUGAUACCAC